AUGGCACCGAAGGUAAAAAUACUUGCAAAAGACGUGAUUGGAAGAAAAGGUCAAAGUAUAAAGGAAACGAAGGAAACGCCUACGAAACCUUCUAGAGCGCCAGCUGGCAGAUUAAGAAAAGUAGAUAAACCGAAACUAAAGGCAAAAAGAGUUAGGCGUAAAUUGAAAGGAUGGCUAGCGACGCCGGCUGAUUGGGCGCGUUUUAAUGCCUGGGCGGAAAUCAACGCGCUACCGAAGAAGUAUCCGGAACCUGAGCCUAUAGUUCGACCAUCGAGGCCAUUGUUUCAAUUAAAGAAAAGGAUCAAAAUGUUGGCGAAACCAAAGGAGAGGCCCGAUGAAAGCAUUCAUUGCAAAUUAGAUUUUACUGUCUCGAAAACGGCAUUAAAAGCAAUUCCAUCGAAAAGAACGAUUUUACUAGCUCUGCCAAACAUAAGGCUCGUUGAUUUUGGUCGAAUUUAUUAUCAGGUUUCUCCAGCAGCGUUGAAGUACCAGCCAACUCGAAGAAUCAUCGAGCUGAGUAUGCCUCGUGCAUUUAUUAAAGAAGAAUACCAACCACCCAGAUUACAGAUAUACGAGAAACGAGUAGUCGAUGAAGAAAGAUUGAGAAAAUUGGCUUUGGCGAAGAAAUUGCUCGAUCAUUCUGAACAGUUAACCAAGGAAGAACUGGAAGAGCUCUUUACACCUUAUGGCAUAAAGAGAACCGCGCUAUCGUAUCAAGUAAGUAUGUUACGCAAGUAUGUUAGUAUAUAUUUAAAAGUUGAAACAAUUCAAGAUAUAAAUUUUUUAGAAAAAAAUGAAAAGAUUACACCUUGGGUAAGUUUCCUGGCUAUGCCAUCAUACAGGAUGAUAAAAGAUAGGGGAGACGAGCAGUCGAGAACUUUCAAGAAAACGAUAAUCGAGGAAGAAGAGAAAAGAGGCAAGGAGGCUUUCGUCGAACAUAAGAGAAGGGAAGAGAAGGAGAGAAAAGGGAAGAAACGAAGUAGGAAAACUAUCGAGGCGGAAGAAGAAGAGAAUGUGUACGAAACUGAAGAGGAAGAACGGAAAGCCAAGAGAAGAAAACUCGAGAAAUAUGCUUGGAGAUUUGCACCUUAUCCGUGCGUAAAUAUUCCCAUUCCCAUCAAGAGAGCAGUUUUGAAAGCCAAAGGUUUCCGACAAAAGUUACAAUUAUUUAAUUUACUGAUAAAUCAAUUACGAUCUAUAAAAUGUCCGAAGUUUCUGAUUAUAGGCUGUCCAUCUCCACGUACGGAAGAACUAGCUAAGGCGCGCGAUCGUAAAUAUAAAUCUUUUAAAAUUGAUCCUUUUACCGUAAAAAAGGGUGCAUUGAAGGCCACUGCUACUGAAAGGAUCGAAUCUUUAGCGAAACCAACGAGUCCUCGAAGUCCUGUUCAAAGAAAACCGCCGCGAGAGAAAGAUAAAUUUGGAAAGCCGAUAUUCGAAAUGCCAGUUUACGGCAAAGUUUUGCCGAAAACGAAGCCGUACAAAAUGGGCGAAUGUCCGGAACCGAAGAAGGAAAAGCGCCCUGCUAAAAAGCGACCGAUUGAUCCGAUUAUUUAUGAAGCAACCUAUGAUCCUUGUAUCUAUCCGGACUUGGCGAAGAGGCAGAAGAUCGAACGGAAACGAGCUGAGAAAUUAUUGAAGAAGGAGCCUCGUAGAAAAAAGGGGCAGAAAAAGAAAUCGAAGAGACCUGAAUAUCGCGAUACGGCGGAAGCUGAAGAUAAAAAGGAAGAAGUGGAAGCAGAAGAAACGGACGAAGCAGUUGAUAAAACUGAAACUGAAGUAACUGAUGAACCUGAAGAGGAAUAG